AUGACCUCAUUCGAUCUUGUCGACGCUCAAUACGAUAUGCUUUGCGAAUCAAUUGAGGGACCAAGCCGUCUGACCUUCGAACUCAGUCAUUCGGCACAGUACUAUGCUCAACUCGUUCAUAGAGAACACUCGAAGAUGGAGAAAGAGAAGCUGAAGAAGAAUUUCACGAAGAUGCUGAAACAACUCGCCGACGGUUCGUGGUCCGAUUAUUUGUGCAAGAGUUUGCUGAAUGAGUUUGUCGAGUUGGAGCAAGAAAUUGAUGAUUUGAUGCCGUCGCAAAAGCUGGUCCGUCGACGACAAUUGAUCAUCGAUCUCGUAACCGGAAAAAACAAAUCCGGAUCGGAUUCUGGAAUUGAUUCGGGUACGAGUUCCGAAGAUGAGAAGAUGGACGUCGAAAUUCAACAAUCUCGAACUGAUCUCGACGAUUCUGAUGACAACGAUGGCUCUGACGAUUUAUCUGAGUCUGGCGAAUACGAUGAAUGUGAUGAUUCUGACGAAUCUGAUUUGUCUGAUGAUUCUGACGAUUCCGAUGAAUGUGACGAAUAA